CCGCAACGGCCUGCCUUAUCAAAGUACCGUGUUAUAGCUGAGGACGAUCCAUAGCUCAAGGAUGAAGCAAGUUCAACUGUGUUGGCCGGCCUGCCUGGUCCUCUGUCUUGUGGUCUUUUCACACCAUGCUGAUGCCGGAGCCCAAGUCCAAUGUCCAGACAAGUGCAGCCCUCAGAAGACAGGAGUGAAGACGCUGGCCGAACUCACCCACACAGCCUGCCAUGCCUCCACCAAAUUUGUUUUCGAGGUGACAGUGGAGAAUAUGGAGUCUUCACUGACUACAGACGCCUAUAACAUCAGCAUGCUGGAAGUUUUCAAAUACGGAGCUGACGACCCCAUGGAUCAGGAGCGAAUCUUCAUCUCCGUACCGUCGUGCAAGAGCCAGCUGGGCCUGAAGCCGGGCAACAACUACCUGAUCAUGGGUCAAGCCAGCAGCAUCAAGCAGGUAGCCGGGAAGUACUACUACAUGUUUGAUGAGCAUACCUGGCUGCAGUAUUGGCCUACAGAUGUCCAGGGCCAGAGUGAUGCCUACAAGAACCAAUACGACAACCUGGAGCAGUUCCGCAAUGACAUGAGCUUUGGAUGCAAGAGCUAAACACACACACACACAC